AUGCAGUUGUGUCCCAAGGAGCUUGACAAGCUCGUCAUCUCGCAGCUUGGCCUGCUUGCACAGCGUCGCCUGGCACGAGGCGUGAAGCUCAACCGCCCAGAAGCUGUUCUUAUUCGCGAUGGCAACCACACAGUCGCGGACCUCAUGGCCAUCGGCACCACCAUGCUGGGGCGCCGCCAUGUGCAGCCCUCAGUCGUCGCGUCGCUCUCCGAAUUGAUGGUCGAAGGCACCUUUCCAACAGGCACAUACCUCGUCACCGUCCACAACCCCAUCUGCAGCGAUGAUGGCGAUCUCGAGAAGGCCCUCUACGGCUCGUUCCUGCCUAUACCCUCGAACGACAUGUUCCCGCUUCCCGAAGCGACCGUAUACGAUGCAACAAAGCAGCCUGGCGCUGUAGUGGCUGUGAAGGGAGAGGCCGGGACAAUCAAGCUUAACCAAGGGCGCAAGAGGAUCAGCCUGAAGGUCAAGAGCAUGGGAGAUAGACCGAUUCAGGUCGGAUCCCAUUAUCAUUUCAUCGAGACAAACCCGCAGCUGCAGUUUGACCGCAUACGAGCGCAUGGCUACCGACUUGAUAUCCCUGCUGGCACAUCGGUACGCUUCGAACCGGGUGACACUAAGACUGUCACCCUUGUACAAAUCAGCGGCAACCAGAUCAUCAAAGGUGGUAACAAGCUUGCAUCUGGACACAUCGAGGACAUGGACAUUGUAAACGGAAUCGUCGAGAGAAUUAGAUCCGGAGGCUUCUUGCAUGAGCCACAGCCGCUCGGGGACGCUGCACAUAUCGACUUUUGCACCAUGGAGCGACAAGCUUACAUCAAUCUUUGGAUCAAGGUGGAGAAGGACAUGACCACGUACGGAGAUGAGUGUUCAUUCGGCGGUGGCAAGACUCUCAGAGAAGGUAUGGGCCAGGCGGGAGGUCGUUCCGAUGCCGAGUGCCUCGACACCGUCAUCACAAAUGCGCUCAUCGUCGACUGGACUGGCAUUUUCAAGGCUGAUAUCGGUAUCAAGGACGGCCACAUUGUCGGCAUUGGAAAAGCGGGCAACCCAGACGUCAUGGAUGGUGUAGAUCCGAACUUGGUCGUAGGAUCUUGCACGGACGUGAUUGCUAGCGAGGGAAGCAUCGUGACGGCUGGUGGCUUUGACACGCAUAUUCACUUCAUUUGCCCACAACAGGCGCAAGAAGCUAUUGCUUCGGGUAUAACCACCAUGUUGGGUGGUGGAACUGGGCCGAGCACUGGUACCAACGCAACCACAUGUACCCCGGGCAAAACGCACAUCCGGCAGAUGCUGCAAGCUAUUGACGAGCUACCACUCAACUACGGAAUCACUGGUAAAGGGAACGACUCCGAGUUGGGCCCUCUUCAGGAACAGGCCGAAGCCGGUGUUUGUGGUCUGAAGCUACACGAAGAUUGGGGCACGACUCCAGCAGCUAUCGAUGCUUGCUUAACUGUAUGCGACGAGUAUGACAUCCAAACCUUGAUCCACACGGAUACGCUCAACGAAUCGGGCUUCGUCGAACAGACCAUCGCGGCCUUCAAGAACCGUACAAUCCACACCUACCACACCGAAGGCGCAGGUGGCGGCCACGCCCCCGACAUCAUUAGCGUCGUCGAGCUUGAUAACGUACUUCCGUCGUCCACAAAUCCUACCCGCCCAUACACCCGCAACACCCUGGACGAGCAUCUUGACAUGUUAAUGGUAUGCCACCACCUUUCGCGCAACAUCCCCGAAGACGUCGCGUUCGCCGAAUCCCGUAUCCGCGCCGAAACCAUCGCCGCCGAAGACGUGCUCCACGACCUCGGCGCCAUCUCCAUGAUGUCUUCCGACUCCCAAGCCAUGGGUCGCUGCGGCGAAGUGAUCCUGCGCACCUGGAACACAGCACACAAGAACAAAGUCCAACGCGGCACGCUCAAGGAAGACGAGGGCACCGACGCCGAUAACUUCCGCGUCAAGCGCUACAUUAGUAAAUACACCAUCAACGCCGCCAUCACGCAAGGCAUGGGCCAUCUCAUCGGCAGCGUCGAAGUGGGCAAACUCGCUGACCUCGUAUUCUGGAAACCAGCAAAUUUCGGCGUCAAGCCUAAGCUGGUGAUCAAAAGCGGCUGGUGCAGUUAUGCCCAAAUGGGCGAUCCAAAUGCAUCCAUCCCCACGGUUGAGCCCAUCAUCAUGCGCCCCAUGUUCGCUCCUCUCGUACCCUCAUCCAGUGUAACUUUCGUGUCUAAAGCGUCCAUCGACUCUGGCGUCAUCGACUCUUACAAGCUGCGCAAGCGCGUCGAGCCUGUCAAGAACUGCCGCAACAUCGGCAAGAGAGAUAUGAAGUUCAACGACACGCGGCCGAAAAUGAAGGUCGACCCGGAGACGUAUCGCGUUGAGGCGGAUGGGGUGUGGUGCACGGCGGAGCCCGCGGAGACAUUGCCCUUGACGCAGGAGUACUUUGUUUAUUAG